UCAAUCCAUCCAUCAAUCAUUUUUCAAUCUUAAAGUUUUCAUCACUUCAAUACUCAAAAUUGCUGGAUGCUUGUUUGUAGUUUUUCUUCAUCAUUGUUUAAGAGUGAUACUUACAAACUCAAAGAUGUCAAGUGCUACUACUAACUCAUUGAGAAGGACACUUUCAGCAGUUGACAUGUCUAAGAUUUAUGAUCAACACGUCGAACCAAAGAAUGCUUUUGCUCGACAACAACAAGGAAAGCUUGAUAUUUGGUGUUCGAUUUUAACUCAAAAUUCAUCAUCUCUUCCACCUCCAUAUGUUCAUCCUCUUGUCAAACAAUCCAAGAGUUGUUUAUCUCUUAAAAGCCUUGAGAUUUGUACUGAAAACUUAGGUUCUGAAUCUGGGUCUGAUGGUUAUCCUUAUUCAGACAUUAGUCUUUCUGAUACUGAAGAGGAAGAAGAAGGAGCAAUUGAACAAGUAGUUGUAGUGGAUGAGAGAUCAGAAAUAGUCAAAGUUGAUAAGAAUAAAGUAGUAGCUGCAAAUUACAUUAAGAAGUACUCAUCACCACCAUCAGCAGCUCGUAGAUCUUUCCCACCCCCACUUAAAUCACUCUCUAAACCAGGAGGAGGAGGUAUUCAAAUGAAAACUCAUCGCAAAGAUGGAAGAUUAGUUCUUGAAUCUGUCUCUGUUCCUACUUCUCAAAAUUGGUUCAAAGCUCAACGCAAAGACGGUCGUCUUGUUCUUACCUUCACAUCAUCUAUCCCAGAAUCCAAAUCAUUGGAACAUGUUUUCGAAACAGAUGAGGAAGUAGAAUUCGAUUUUAGUCCUGAUAAUGAGAUUGAAGAACCCAGAAAGGAGGAAGAAGAAGAAGACAAAGGGCUUGUGUUGGGAAUGACGAGUACUAGAGUUCCAGAACUGCCAACUCGAGUGAUGAAAGUUCACAGAUCUGCAUUGAUGGUGAAUAAGUUUACAGGUCUGACAAACAACAUGAAUAAUUGGUCAUCAUCAUCUAAUCUAAAAAAUAAGUUGGAAAAAAUAUUAAAUUCACCAUCAACUAAAUUACUACCACAAUCACUUCCAGUAUCACCACCAACAUCAGCUCCCGGGGCACCACCGCCACCACGAAGGUCGUCUCAAUUAAUACCGUACACACUUCCACAACAAACCAUUGGGGUGACGGCGGCAACUGUAGAGGCUUCUUCUUCCAACAGAUAUGAGUAUUUUUGGCGAAAUAAUACAUCCUCAAUGGUAUCAGUUGGUGGAAUCCAUCAUUCACUUAACCAACAAUCACUACCCAACAAUAAAAAUCCUUACCACCACAAUAACAACAACAGUAAUAAUCUCAUAAGGAACAAGAAUAAUUACAUCACCAACAACAAUAGUAAUAAUUUCUCUUCUAAGGGUUCAGCAACAACAACAAAAGGAAGGAAAGAUUAUAAGGAGGAGAAACAAUAUUGCAAUGGAGAAAAGAUUGUUGAUCAACAUUUGAUGGUUCCAGCUUACUGCAAACCAGAACACAUAAGGAGAUCUUUAGUGUUUUGGGAACCUCAUUGCAUUGCUACAUCUUAAUUCACCAAUAUCAUUUUCAUAUAACUUUUGUGAAAAUGCAGAUGUUAUGUAAUUAAUUGUACAUGCUCUAAACUCGAAAAACAAUCCGAUAAGAGAGAGUGAAUUUUGGACAUUCAUAAUAAACAUAUGAAUCAGCGUUGGCUCUCUUGCUUUCUAUUUCUCUAUCUUUUCGGGGAAAGUGAUUUCACGCUCUCUUCCU